AGAACGGCAACACACCCUGACCUGAAUAAUAUGGAGACCAAAGAAGAGAGCCGAGACAAAAAUGAAAAAGAGAACUGACGAAUGACUUUCCACCAAUGACUUCUACACAAACUAUGGAUCCCCACCACAGUGCCCAGGAUGUGAUCAGAUGUGACCUUUGUGAGACAGCUAUAGUACAGAUGUACUGUGAUUUCUGUCAUGUCAACCUUUGUAAACCCUGUAUUGGAGAACACAUUUCUGAUGAAUAUGACAAACAUAAAAUUGUUCCUUUCCAACAAAGAAAAUCAACCUUGGUUUAUCCAAAGUGUGCAACACAUCUUACCAAAACUUGUGAAGCAAAAUGUAGGGAAUGUGACAUUCCUGUUUGCUUUUCAUGUUUUACCUCAAAUAAACAUAAAGAGCAUCAUUUUUUAGAACUCUCGGAAAUAUACAACUCAAAGAAAAAUGAUAUCGCAAAAGAUACAGAGGAAUUGCAAAACAUUAUUUCUCCAACAUACGAAGAUAUCACAAACGAUCUAGAAACACAGAUGGCUAACUUGGAUGGAGAAUAUGAGAAACUUACAACAGCAGUGACAGAACAUGGAAAACAAUGGCACAGAGAAAUUGACAAUGUCAUCAAUGAUAUGAAAAAAGAAAUUGAUGAUUUAAAAGGAAAGCACUUUGACAUUCUCAAGAAACAUGCAGAAGAAAUAAAACAAACACAAUCUCUUAUUGAACAAACUCUGCUCAACCUGAAGGAAAUUGAAGCAUCAAAUGAAGUGUACAUGACUACAGAAUACAGCUCCAGAAACAAAGAAUUCAGUAAGCUUCCUCCUAAAGUUCAGAUAUCACUGCCAAUGUUUAAUCCAAAACCUGUAGAUAGAGAACAGAUUUACAAGUUGUUUGGAUCUCUUGCACCUUUAUCUACGACAACAGAAGAAAAUGGCUACAAACUGAAGAAACCAGAAACAUCAAGCAGAGAACUGCUAGAAGAACCAGAACUUAUCACUUCUAUAGAUACUGGGUAUGAAAAACUCCGUAAUGUGACCUGUCUCAGUGAAGAAGAAAUCUGGACAAGUGGGAACAUCAGUGAUAUUAAAUGCUUCAACAUUCAAGGUUCACUUAUCAACACAAUAACAAAGAAAUCAGGGGGAUUUCCAAAUGACAUAGCAGUGACAGGUGAUAGAGAUCUAGUGUACUAUGAUAUGAAAACAAAGACAGUGAAUAAAGUAAAGAAUGGACAGAUAGAGGAGAUGAUCAGACUACAGGGCUGGGUACCUGUUAAUCUCUGUGUCACCUCCUCUAGUGAUCUACUGGUUACCAUGUUCAGUGAUGAUAAAACACAAUCCAAAGUUGUCCGUUACUCAGGCUCCACAGAAAAACAAACAAUCCAGUUUGAUGAGGAGGGUAAACCUCUGUAUUCAGGAAAUAGCAAAAUUAAGUACAUCAGUGAGAACAGAAACCUGGAUAUCUGUGUGGCUGACUGGAAAGCUGGUGCUGUAGUAGUAGUCAAUCAGGUUGGGAAACUGCGAUUUAGAUACACUGGUCAUCCUUCUACUACAAAGAACAAACCAUUUAAACCUUUUGGCAUCACGACAGACAGCCUAAGUCAGAUCCUGACAGCAGACUUUAAUAACCACUGUAUCCACAUCCUAGACCAGGACGGACAGUUCCUCCGAUAUAUAGAUAACUGUGAUCUGAAGGAUCCAUGGGGAUUAUUUGUGUAUAAAAAUAAUUUGUUUGUUGCUGAGUAUGAAGGAAAAAUUAAGAAAAUUAAAUAUUUGGAAUAGACAUCUUUGUAUAUAUACAAUGUAACUAUAAAUAUAUCUGAUUGUGUAUAGACGGUUAUUAUGGCUCUAUUUUUUAAAUAAAAUUAUAUCAUUAAUUAAGUUAUAAUUUUAUUGUUGAGAUAUGUUAAUUUUCUUUCAAGUUUUAAGAAUAGAUGGGGAAAAUGUAGACUACAUCAACAUCAAGAGAUACUGUAUAUUAGUUGUCAUAGCAAUUUGUUAUAUCCAUGAAAGGAAGUUUAAUUGUUAUAAAAAAAGAUGAAAGAUUG